AUGGCGGACGUAUGGCAUCUACCAGAUAUGAAAACUUGUCAGUUUUCAAAAGGUCUUUGUCAUGAACAUAACAAAAACUUAUUAGAUAUGUUCUGCGAGGAUUGUAAAGUGACAUUGUGUUUGUCAUGUGCAAAAGCGAAUCACAAGGACCACAACUGGGACUCUAUUAGGAACAUAGCUAAUCGAAUACAUGACAACAUUGAAUCGGAUUUUAAAGAAAUUCGAGAUCAUCGCUUAGAUGCACUUGAAAAAGAUUUGAGCGCAGUUCAUGAACUGGAGGAUAGAAAUUCGGCAAUCUUCAGAAGACAAGAAGAAAAACUUCAAAUUCAGUUUGAUUUAAUUGUGCAAACAUUAUCCAACGAAGAGAGCAAUUUGAGUGAUUCAAAUCUUGUUGAAAUCUACACACAAUUAGAAAACCUACUGAAACAUGAAAGAUAUGAGUUUUCUAAUAAUGACUUUUCGAUUCGUUUUCUUCCGGGAGAACUGGAUGCGUUUUCUUCAGAGAAAAUGAUUGGGGUUUUAAAGGAUGUUGAUGACUUCAAAUUUAAUCUUAUUUCUAGUUUUAAACUGGAGGAAUCUCAAAUCGAUCAAAUCCAUUCCCUAAACGAAAAUACAGCAUGGCUUUAUGAAGAGUCACGAUGCUUGCUUGUUGAUCAGAACGGAACAUCACAGGAAAACAAGCAAGUAGACUAUGAAUUUGGAGAUUUUACGGUCUGUUCCAAUGGUAAUAUUUAUUUUACAGACUUAGACUCCAAAAGCAUCAGAUUAUUGACAUCAUCGGGUGAAGACAGCCUCGUCUUAAACACGGAACCUUUGAUUCCAUUUGGUAUAUGUCGGUCUGUCGUUGGAGGACUGCUCAUAACACUUUGUGAAGAUGACGAUCCUUACACACCAGAUAGCACGUGUAGGCGAUUGGUCAAAAGCAUAACUUUAAGUGGAAAAAAAGUAAAAGAAAUUGAAUUUGAUGCCAAAAACAACAGACUAUUUACCUUUCCCACUAGAGUCGUACAAAACAAAAACACAGAUAUAUGCGUUAUCGACAUGAAAGAGGCUGAUGCUGGAGAGGUUCACGUUUUAUCUUCUAGUGGUGUGAGUAGAUUUGUGUACCAUGGAUGUGGUAUUAAUCAGAAGAAUCCCUUUUGCCCGAGCGCAUGUGUGUGUGAUUCCGAGCACAAUAUUAUAGUAACAGACAUAUACAACAGUCUUAUCCACAUUAUUCACUCAGAUGGAGAGCUUUUAAAACUUAUUUACAUGCAAGACAAUUUAGAACCUUCUUGCAUGUCCAUUUGUAAGGGAACUGCAUGGAUUGGAUUCACAGGUGGUGAAAUAAAAGUUUUCAGAUACACUAACACUCCGGAAUCAUCCGAAUCGCAGCUAUAA